AUGGCUGAGACAGAAAAUGAGCGCACGCUAGACCAAGCUUCUAAAGAAGCCGUGGACCAAGUUGUGAACAUUCCCGCAGCUCAAAGAACACAAGUUGAGUCACUCUUUUAUGAC